ACUAAUAACUCUCCUAUGAACUCCUGGUAAACAAGACUAUUAUUUUAUGCCAUUGCCACGCGUGUUGAAAUCUGAAAACUGAUGCAACAAAACUGAUGUGAACCAUGCCUCCCAAAAAGAAAGAAGCGCCUCCUAAGAAGGUUUUGUUAGGCCGUUUUGGAACAUCUUUGAAGAUUGGUAUUGUCGGAUUGCCAAAUGUUGGAAAAUCAACUUUCUUCAAUGUAUUGACUAAGAGCCAAGCUGCAGCUGAGAAUUUCCCUUUCUGUACAAUUGAACCUAAUGAAAGUAGGGUACCUGUCCCAGAUGAUCGAUACGACUUCCUCUGCGAGUUCCACAAACCUGCAAGCAAAGUUCCUGCUUUCUUGCAUGUGGUUGACAUUGCUGGUUUGGUAGCUGGGGCUCACGAUGGUCAAGGUCUUGGCAAUGCAUUUCUCUCACACAUCAAGGCCUGUGAUGCCAUUUUCCAUCUUUGUAGAGCCUUUGAGGAUGAGGACGUAACGCAUGUAGACGGUGAUAUCAACCCUGUGAGAGAUCUAGAUACCAUCUUCAACGAGCUUAGAUUAAAGGACAUUCAAUACCUUAGGACGCAGUAUAAUGACAUGGAAAAGAAAACCGUACGAGGUGGCGACAAGAAAGCAGCGGCAGAAAUGGAAUGUGUUGGUAGAGUGCUGAAAUACCUUGAGGAGGAGAUGAAGCCAAUAAGACAUGCAGAGUGGGGUGUGAAUGAUGUUGAAGUGUUAAAUAAGCAUCUACUCAUCACCUCCAAACCAAUCAUUUAUCUUGUCAAUCUAUCAGAGAGGGACUACAUUAGAAAAAAGAACAAAUGGCUUGUGAAGAUCAAGGAGUGGAUAGAUGCGAACGAUCCUGGUGCCACCAUAAUACCAAUCAGUGCAUCCCUGGAAUCAAAGGUCUUUGAUAUGGGAGAUGAAGACAAAGAGAAGUAUCUCCAGGAUGUCAAGACCACGAGUGUACUGGAGAAAGUAAUCAAGGCUGGAUUCCAUGGCCUCCAGCUGGAAUACUUCUUCACAGCAGGCAAAGACGAGGUCAAGGCAUGGACCAUACAGAAAGGAACAAAGGCACCGCAGGCAGCUGGGAAGAUCCAUACAGACUUUGAGAAAGGUUUCAUCAUGGCAGAGGUGAUGAAGUUUGAAGACUUCAAGGAACUAGGAAACGAAACUAAUGUCAAGGCUGCAGGGAAGUACAGGCAACAGGGAAAAACCUACGUAGUAGAGGAUGGUGAUAUCAUAUUCUUCAAAUUCAACGCAGGUGCAGGAUUAACAACUAAAAAGAAGUAGUACUUGUAGAAUUAAUAUAACUAGAUAUUAUGUCAAUGCCAAUUUUCUCAAUGCUAUUUUACUUCUGCAAUUAGUAGACUGUGGCAUGGUUUGAAGUUGUAGAUAGGAAUAAUGUACAUUGUAUACAUCCAACCUGUACUCCAGCAGCCAGUAACUCAAAGCUUAGCAAUCAAUCGUAGAACAUUUUUCUACAAUUGAUUGCAUUGACUACAACGUACAAUCAAUUGUAAAAAUCGAGCAUAUGAUCAAUCGUUAAGCUUUGUGUUAUGGAGCCCUGCAGUAGUAUAAAUAUUUUUUUUUAUCAUCUCCCUCUUUCUCUCCGACUUGCUCUUUCUCACACACAAACAUACACACAGAUGCUCUCACUCGCUCUCUCUCCCACACACUCAUUCUUUCUUUUUCUCUCCUUUUCUGUUGUUCAUCAAUGCCUUCCCAUUUAUUUCUUAUUUCCUGUUCCCACCCCCCCCCCUCUCUCUUCCUCUUCUCUUGUCUCUUAGUUUUGAUUGGCAUCUUUUCAUUUAUGUCUUUCUCUCCUUUUGCCUUGUAUCUGUGCUUCUGACUUCACAGUUCUGGCUCUCUGUCUAUCUUUUGAUUUAUUUCUGUCAACAAAUCAUUAUGAAAGUUGAAUGUGGCAAAUGUGAAUGUAAUUAAAACUCUGGGUUUGUACUCUCAUAACUUCAUCAGGUUUCAAAACUUUCAAGCCUGUAUCGCACUUUGAUAAAUCUAAUGAUUACUUAUUUUUUAUGUUGAAAGUGCUAUUCCAGUUGUGGGAGAGAUUAAAAAAGGUAAUUGGAACCUUUUCCAAUGUAUUAGGAUGAGGUAUUAUAUGAUGUAAAGGUAGUAUACUCAAAACUCUUGUUCUUCAAUUCCCCUUAUAUUUAAAUUAUGGGGGAGUGGCUAAAAGGGUUCGGCUGGCAAAUUUGUACAUUGUUGUCCUAUACAUUCAUUUCUGUAUGAAGUGCAUAGGGCUCUUCAUGAAUAUGUGUUGUUUGAAUGUUAGUAAGACUAACAGCAAUAUGUCUGGCAUUUUUCUUAUGAAGAUCAAUGCUAAUUUGAAAUGUUUAAACAUUUGGAAAAUUCAACCCUUAAAGUUGCAAAUAUAUCUGUAUAAUUAUAUCUAUAUCAAAUAUUUAAUAAUGUAACUGUCAGGUGAAAAUUUUUGAAAUGUUUGAUUAUUCCAAUUUUGUGAAAAUCUUUUAAUUCUAAUUUUGAAGGCAUGCAUUUGGUUUCACCAGAUUUUUUUAACCUGUUUCAUUUAAGUUAUCAGUCACAAAUAUGUUCUCAGCCAAUCAAAGUGUUGGUUUCAAGAGCUUGUAUUCUGAGUUCUGUGAAAUAGGGCCCUGCACUUCUGUAAAACAUUCAGAGAUGUCAUCCCAAGGUAUUAAUUCUGUAUAAAGCACAGUUAUCUCUUAUUGAACCUUAUUUUGUCUCAAGUCUGUAGUGAUAAAUUUACGACUCGCACAUAUUAUGCCUGUUCAUUAAUUCAUUUUAAAAUUCAAUCAUCCCAAGUCUUUUGGUUGGGCAAGGAAAGCUGAUAUUUCAAGACAUCAGUUAUUUGAAGAAGGGAAAGCAAAAGUCUUACUCUACAUGUAUUACUGUAUAAUUUAAUUAGACAAUAAUGAAAAUGUUCCAAUUAAUUCCUUGUUCUCUAAUUACAUUACUUUUCAUAUCAUAUAACAAAUAUAAAUUACAACUAUGUAUCAUAAUUUUUAUAUCAAGUUUAUUAAACAAAAAAUGGUAAUCUUCUUCCAAAUAAACCAUGCAAGCUUGUGAGCAUGGUUUAGUAGAGCAAUCAAGAAAUUUGAUGAAGAAUACAUUGUCAUCUUUCGUUUCAAAUUGAAACAAAUUUGAGGACAGCUUUGGAAAAAAGCUUGAUUUUUAGAGUUAUGACAUACACAACCUUCUUUUGCCUGAGAAGUGUUUGCUAUAAGAAUUACGAGACUGUUUUCAGAAAAUAUGAGGUAGCCAUCAUUGUCAUAUUUCUAAAUACAGCUGUUAGUUAUAGUCCAAGGUGAAUAGAGUCUACAUCUCAAACAUAAAAAUUUACAAAUUUUCAGGGAAGCUCACUUUUUUUUAUUUUUAAAGUUUGAGAUGUAAGGUUUUAACUCCCGACAAGAACAUGUAUGUUAAAUUUGGUGGAUAUGAAAGUAUACUCCCUAUUCUUUCUGGAUUAAAAGCAUUGCUUACUGAAUCAAUUCAAAGACGCUGCUUCAGAUGCCAAGUUUGCCAUCCUGUUUAAUUCACUCAACUAUGGUUGUAUAAGAAAUUUUUUAAAAAAUCAUAAUUUUUAAAGAAAAAUUUUCAAGGACUUUACAAAGUCUGGAAAGAGGCAUGUGAAACCUGAUUUUUAUGACUUCCUUCAAACUGUGAGGUUUCAAAACUACAAUUCAAAAGUUACUCAUUUUUUUUAUUUGAUUUGUAUGAAUAGAAGUGAAACCAUGCAUUGCUUAGCUCCGGGUACUUGCAUACAGGAAAUAAUAUACAAUGUAUUUGUGCAUUAACAAUUAAUAUAGUAUUUAGGAAUGAUUAUAGUGUUAUACCCUGGUAAUUUCUAUAAUUGAUGAAGGAUAAUACAGUUGGCAUAUCUUAUUACAUGUAUAUGUACUUAAGCAUCUAUUGUAAAAAUGCAUUGAAAUAUGUAUUUGAACUCAGUCAUUUACUGUUUCUGACUUUGGUAUUUGAAAUAAUUUUUCUCAUUUUCAGUUUACAGUAUGAAAUGACCAAAUUGACAUGAUUAUUGCAAUCGUGAAAGAAGUGUUCCUUUCAGUCAAAUAUGGUAUAAGUGAAAUAAUUUGACAUAAAAUAUUGUCAUAUUCUCUCAUUUGAUGCAUAUGAUAUCAAUGUUUGAUCCUGCCAACUUUAAUCAUGGGAAAAACUGAGAAUUUUCGUCAUGAAUAUAACAUACGAUAUAUUUAGAUAAUCAGUCGGCUAAACAUUAUCAAAUCAAUGAAAUCUGAUAAAUAAAGCUUCCUUUGUCUGGAAAUUUUGCCUUAUUUGUCUUAAAUCAUUUCAGGUUUUGAAUUUUAUAAAUAAUAAUUUGACCAUGUUACAUGUAAAUUCCACAGUUUUACAGUAAACUAUAUUUUGAAUCCUUCUGAUUUAUGAAAAUGAAAGAUGCUGAACUUGAUUAGGUUAAGAUUAAUAAUGUUAUUAUUAUCAUAUGUUUAAGAAGUGAAAAUAAUUAUAAUUGACAUUUUAGUCAGCAUUUACAAUUCUUCGUAAAGACUGUUUUUCCAUGGGGAAUUAACAGUUGAAAGAAGAUUUUAUGAAAAUUUACCUAUAAUGAAUACAAUUGUCUUACACUUUUGUCAAUUUCUUUUGAAUCUUGGUACUUGCUCACGUUUCAACAUUUAUUUCUGGUCUAUUGUACUUAUUCAAAUUAUUGAAUAAAGUCAUGUUAAAGGAUGUCAACUUUUGUAUUGGUUUGAUGUUAAAAAAGUAAGAAAAAAAAGAAGAGGAAAUUACAUUUUAAUGAAAGUUGAGAUAGUGAAAAUCCAUCAAAGAAUAGCAAAGUUAUGAGGAGUCAAAGUUUUAUCAUUGUGAUUUCACAUACAAGCAGCUCCCAGAUAUUUCUUGUGUUAUAAAUUCCAUUAAGUACCAUUUUCUCAGAAAGAAUCAACUGAUUUGACUUGUGCAUCCAUUACAUGAUCAGAUACAUUAUGUAAUUCAUGUUUUAAUUGAAAAAUAUAUCUAUUAAGUCAUCACAAGCUGCUAAAAAAGGGAGUUCAUGUAAAAUAUAUGAUGUGACAUGCAUGGGAGCUGCUGGUAUGUGACAUCACAUAAUUACAAAUUUGAAUAUCUUGAUUCUGUUAUUUGUCUCUAUUUGUCCCCUUUUAUUAAAGCCAAAGUGAGGAAAGGUGGGACUUUUACUUUAAUGUAUACAUGUACAAUAUGAAACUACUUUUCUUUGCAUUGAAUCUGUAUUAAAAUAGUAAAAACCUA